AACCGUGGGCGUCCUCCGGAGCUGGGAAACACCAGCCAACCAUCCAGCAGCGUUAAAGGAUGCCUCAGAGACGGAGCCAAGCCUAAUGACGCAGCGCCUUUACUCAAUACUGCUGAACAUUGUCAGGGACAGGAUAAUACUCGCAGGGUUUCCAACUUCUCCUAUGACCAAGUGCGGACUGAAACGGCAGGAACUGACAGAUAUAACGUGACAGUGGCCCAAACAAUAAGACCUUCAGCAGAGGAACGACGGACGCAGACUUGGAGCAUGACAUUCCUACUUUUACUUUUUCUACCUUGUGUCUUCGGUGCAAGGACGCGCAUGUAUUUCCCGGGAAAUGGAACAGCCACAUCCACAGAGCCGUCCUGGGAAAGUCGUAAAGUUAUGACGACAAUGGGCAAAGAAUGUAAAUUCCCAUUUCGUCAGGGGGGAAGACUUCACCAUCACUGCAUCACCAUUCUGUCUUCAAGGCCAUGGUGCUCUCUCACUUCUAACUUUGACCGUGAUGGUCUGUAUGGAUACUGUAAACUAGAUGGAAACCAACUGAAUAUAACUGACUCAUGUCAAGUGAACCGCUGUCAGAACGGAGGCGUCUGCAUGUUGGUUCCACACAGACAGACGUCUAUGUGCUCCUGUACAGACGGCUUCUCUGGACCACACUGUGAACAGAGAAGGUGCUAUGAAACCCUACACCAGCGCUAUUAUGACACCGGAGCGUCUUGGGGACGAAUUCACCUCCGUAAUGUGGAACAGUGCACAUGUGUGGCGGGGGAAAUCAGUUGUGAAAGAGUCCGCUACACAAUGUGUCGGAGCAACACCUGUCACAAUGGUGGGACCUGUCGACUGAUCACAAGCACAGGGAAGGAAGUGUGUAACUGCAGACAUGGCUUCAGCGGCUCUGACUGUGGCCUUGAGCCUGAGGCGAAAUGCUACAACGGCCGGGGGAAGAGUUAUCGAGGGCUGGCCAGCACCACGGUGUCUGGAGCCCGGUGUUUGCCGUGGAACUCAGAGCUGAUGCACAAUGAGCUUCAUGUGGGCACCCUGGUUGCAUCAUCGCUCAGGGGCCUUGGCGAGCAUGCUUUCUGCAGGAACCCAGAUGGAGACAAGGCACCGUGGUGCUACACACUUAGUAACGACGCCAUCUCCUGGGAAUACUGUGACGUUCCCCCCUGUGUGAUGUCUGUGUCUUCCUCUCGAAGGGUGGUAACGUUUCACAAACCCAACCCCACAAAACCAACCAAAAAGCCCGUGUGUGGGAAAAAGCACAAGAAGAGGUUAUCCAUAGCUAGGGGUCGGAUAUUAGGAGGGACGUCGGCUCUGCCGGGGACCCACCCAUGGAUAGCAGCAAUUUACAUUGGGAAGUCAGACUUCUGUGCUGGAACCCUCAUCUCUUCCUGCUGGAUCAUCUCUGCAGCUCACUGCUUCUUUCGCAACCCUCUGAGGUCUCAGAUCCGUGUGGUUCUGGGCCAGCACCAUUUCAAUGUAACCAGUCCAAACACCCGAUCGUUCGAGGUGGAGGAGUACAUCUUUCCAAAGAAGUUUUCGGCAUUCAAUCCCACGCUGCACGACAUUGUUCUGAUCCGACUAAAGAAGCAGGACGGUCGCUGUGUGAGGAGAACGCCCUUCAUUCAGCCCAUCUGUCUGCCAGACAAAAGCACGACUUUCCCCGACAACUACUGCUGCACCAUCAGUGGCUGGGGACACAAACAUGAGACGGCUCCAGGAUACUCCAGUCUACAGGAGGGCAACAUCAGACUUAUUUCCCGCGACUUCUGUAAGAGGCCUGGGGUGUACGGCAACCACGUGACCUCUGACAUGUUGUGUGCGGGUCUUGAUGGCUGUGUGGACGCGUGUCAGGGUGACUCGGGGGGCCCUCUAUCCUGUGCGAGGGAUGACGUCAACUUCCUCUACGGGAUUGUCAGCUGGGGCGAGGGCUGUGGUCGCACUCAAAAACCUGGCGUUUACACCAAAGUGGUGAAUUAUAUUGACUGGAUCAAUGCAGUAAUCAGACGUAAACCCAAAAAGUCAUGACAGGAAAUGACCAGAGCUCUUCAAGAAGAGGAUGUACUGUAAUUUUGACAUUUUGUUCUUAAUUGAUUUUA